UGCAUAAAAUACACUCAAAAUGAGGCUUUUUCUCUCCCCGCCCUUACUAGAAAACUUCAGUGUCACCUGUAACAGGCUGCUGUGCUGCAUUGCGGUCCGGACAGAGCAGGACCCCAGCACAUCAUGGAGCAUGGGACGGAGGUGCGCAACCCCACGGAGGUGCAGAUGAGCCAGAUGGUACUGCCCUGCCACACCAACCACUGUGGCCAGCUUGGUGUUGGGCAGCUGCUCAAGUGGAUCGACACCGCAGCCUGCCUGUCUGCCGAGAGACACGCUGGCUGCCCCUGCGUCACAGCUUCCGUGGACGAUAUCUAUUUUGAGCACAUGAUUAGCAUUGGGCAAGUUGUGAACAUCAAAGCAAAAGUAAACCGAGCCUUUAACUCUAGCAUGGAGGUUGGGAUCCAGGUCAGCUAUGAAGAUCUCUGCAGCGGCGAGCAGUGGAACGUGUGCAAAGCUUAUGCUACCUUUGUUGCACAAAGCACAUCGAACACUAAGAUUAAACUGAAGCCAGUGAUUCCUCAGACAGAAGAGGAGAAGACCGAAUACAGCAUUGCAGCCGAGCGCCGCCGCAUGAGGCUGGUCCACACUGAUACCAUCAAGGAUCUUCUUAGUAGCAGCUCCUUCCAAGCUGAGCAUGAGACCGGAGACUGCAAGACUAUGGUGCCUGCUGGACAGACCCGGGUGGAGAGUGUGGAGCUAGUGCUGCCCCCUCAUGCCAAUCAUCAGGGAAACACCUUUGGUGGGCAGAUCAUGGCCUGGAUGGAAAACGUCGCCACGAUAGCAGCAAGCCGGCUGUGCCAUGCCCACCCAACUCUGAAGGCCAUAGAAAUGUUCCAUUUCAGGGGACCGUCUCAAGUCGGGGACCGCCUCCUGCUAAAAGCUAUUGUUAAUAAUGUAUUCAAAAACAGCAUGGAGGUUGGGGUAUGUGUAGAAGCCUACGGACAAGAAAUGAAAGUGAGUCGAAGACAUAUCAACAGUGCCUUCAUGACCUUUGUUGUCCUAGAUGAAGAGGGUCAGCCCUGUACCCUUCCAAUGGUUGUGCCAGAACCUGGGGAUGGAGAAAGACGGUACAGAGAAGCUAGUGCUAGGAAGAAAAUUAGACUGGACAGGAAAUACGUCAUUUCCUGUAAACAGACCGAAGUCCCGCUGUCUGUGCCCUGGGACCAAAGCAACAAGGUGUAUCUGAGCUACAACAACGUGUCUGCACUGAAGACUCUUGUAGCGAAAACCAACUGGGUACUUGCCACAGAGAUAGACAAGGUUAAGAUGUACAUGCUGGAGGAAGACAAAUUCCUCUCCUUCCGGAUAGAGAUGACCGUGUCCAUGGCUGCCUGGCAGGCCUUCUGGCUUCUCUCCGACUUGAGGCGGAGGUGUGAAUGGGAUGGUCACUAUGCGAGUGCUGACCUGGUCCAGCAGGUUGACAACGAUGACAUGAUCUACCAUGUGCUCACUCAAACCAACAGCCUAGAAAACAAACCUCAAGACUUCAUCAUCUUGGCCUCGCGAAGACAGCCUUGUGACAAAGGUGACCCAUAUGUUGUCGCGUUCCGGUCAGUCACGCUGCCCACCCACCCGGCAAACCCCAAGUAUACCCGAGGGGAGACGCUGUGCUCAGGCUUUUGCAUUUGGCAAGAGACAGAGGAGCUGGCCAAGGUGGCCUAUUACAACCAAGCUACUCCAGGAUACCUAAACUACGUCACUGCUAACAUCGCAGGACUGUCAUCAAAUUUCUAUGCCACCUUUGAAGCCUGUGAGAGAUUCCUGAUGAAGAACAAAGAUAAUAUCACAGUCGGGCUCCAGAAUCUGUAACUGUCCACACUUCUUCCACAAUGCCUUUGGGAUUGUCGUAUGCACAUACUGAAGCUAAUGAUCUAGGUGAAAUGCAGGUGGCAGGGGAAACUGGCCUUCUUCGAAUGAGUGAUUAGUUAGAUACAGCUGGUGGCCCUGCUAGUAAAGAACGGUAGUUUUAAAUCCACCUGGUGCAGUACAACUGAAAUGAGCUCAGACUCCAACAUGCUUGACGGUGGUAAUCAGAAAAGAGAAGGGAGAUGAACACUUAUAAGAAGACCGGGGUCAACCUCUGUGUCAGUUGUAAGGUCUCCGGUGGGUCUGGCGUGUUCACCUGAGUGCAAAAUUUGGCCCUCCAAGAAACUGAAGCAAACAAGAAGGUUGGCCAAAGGGGCCCCGUGUUGGCCAGUACUGUCAUGCAGCCAUUGGCCUUGCACUGAAAGAGGGAAGUGUAAUCUAUUGAACUAAAAGGGUUGUUUAAAAUGCUGUAACCUCAUGCACAGGAAUAAACUUUUCUAGCAACAUCUAUCAAACUUGAAGCUUUGAAUGAAAAUAACCACUACCCAGAGGAUUUCCACCCAUUCUUGUAAUCCAUUGGGGGAGUGUGGCCAUCUUUACUCCAGUAUAGUAAAUGAAGACAGGCAUGUUGUGGGGUGGAGGUGGGGGUGGGUGGGAUCCAGCCUGCUUUAUGGCAACCUGGUACUCAUGUUCAACACACUAGGCAUUAUGAUGUAGGAUACCUCAUUUGUGUGCUGCAAUCUCAUGCCCUGUCUCCUCCCAGGAUAUAAUGGGGACAGCAGUAAAACAACUCAUUGCCUUUAUGACCUCAUCAUAGCUCUUUUCCGUGGGUCUUCCUUGAAUGGUGACCGCAUGUUUUCCUUGAUCAGCCUAAGGCUGAGGGAGAUGAAACUAUCAGUGGUGGAAAAUUGAUUCCUUUUGUCUCAGACUCUUCUUGCAGCAGCAGUGCAGUUUUUAAGGAAAUGUUUCCUUACUUGUUAGUAACUAGGGAACAAAGGGCUGAAUUUCCAGAGUGCCUCUGCUUUGAAAACCAUUUUCCUGUGAUGUCUAAUAAGCUACUUGAGUUGAACAAUAAAUAUUAGACUCUCCAUCCAGA